AUGGGCAAAAAGAAACAAGAAAUGGCACAGGUCUACAAUGGUUCCAAGAAUGAGUUUAUAUUUGGAGAACAAGGUGGCAAGGGCAAGAAUUUAUCGUCAUUUUUGAAGAAUUUAUCAUUGACUGGACCCAGCAAUAGUAACAGCCAAGAAUCGAUUGAUGAGAUGAACAGCACUAUCUAUGGUAGCUUAUCGUACAGCAAGGGACGAAAUGGAUCGAACCCAAUGUUGAGCCACGGUGCAGGCUUUUCUACGCAACCACCCAUCAAAAGAACUACUUCCAUGGGAGCGUCAUUUGUUAGUGAGCAUCGUCGAGAUGUGUCUCCUAGAUCAGCAACAAGAAAUGACCGACAUGUGAAAGAAAAGUACACUGAUUUGGAUGAUGACUGGAAUGCAGAGUUACAAGACGAAGUUUCCAAGCCCGUGGUUCCACCCCCAUUACUAGACUCCUUACAUCCAGAUUUGACUGUACCGAUACCGGCCCCUAAAAGUGACGUAAAACAGUCUUUGGACGAAGAGGAUUACAAAACAAAAGCAGAGGUUAACAAGCUUAACCUUUUGAAAAACAAGUAUGCAAAGUUCAAGUCAGUUCUAUCAUCAGAAACGAUCAUUAAUAUUCAAGAGUUGAGGCGCUUGUCCUGGAACGGUAUCCCAAAUGAACUUAGAGCAUUAUCAUGGCUGUUGCUAUUGGGAUAUCUACCGACGAACAAGUCAAGACAGAGCUCAACCGUGAAGCGCAAGCGUCAGGAAUACCAAGAGGGGAUUAGUUCCAUCCUGGUUGGAUUUGACGAAAACUCGAAACCGGAGACAGGCUCAAAUGGUAACAGAGAGGCUUUGGUUUAUCAUCAGAUCAAUAUCGAUGUCAAGCGAACGAACCCCACGAUCAAACUAUACGCAAACAAGAGCACGCAGAUGUCGCUUCGAAAAAUUUUAUUCUUGUGGGCAAUGAGACAUCCGGCAAGCGGGUAUGUACAGGGUAUCAACGAUUUGGCUACUCCAUUUUAUCAAAUAUUUUUGAAUCAUUAUCUAUGGCAGCUACAAAAGCAGCAAUCAAAGAAUUCAAAGGGUAAUGACAGCGACGACAACGAUAGCGAUCUAUCUAUUCCGGGAUACUUGUCAAGUGGUGAGGACUUGGAGGAGAAUGCAUUGCUUGCAGAUAAAAACUUGGAAAACUAUACUCUCGAAAACUUUGACACGAGCAAGUUGAGUCAAAGAGUGGUUGCUAUCAUCGAGGCAGAUACGUAUUGGUGUUUGUCAAGAUUACUCGAGAAUAUUACCGACAAUUAUAUCCAUGAACAACCAGGUAUCAUUAGACAGGUUAAUGAACUAAAAAAUUUGGUUUCAAAAAUCGAUUACGAUUUGAUCAAACAUUUUGACGUAGAAGGAGUAGAGUUCUUGCAGUUUUCAUUUAGGUGGAUGAAUUGUUUGCUCAUGCGAGAACUCCCUAUUGAUCUAAUAAUACGCAUGUGGGACACUUAUUUGAGUGAACAACCUUUGGGAUUCAGCACUUUCCAUACAUAUGUUUGUGCUGCAUUUUUGAUCAAGUUUAGCGGUGAUUUGAAGACGAAGGAUUUUCAGGAAAUCUUGUUGUUUUUACAAAAUCCGCCCACGUUUAAUUGGAAAGAAAAAGAUAUCGAGCUCAUGCUUAGCGAGGCAUUCAUGUGGCAGACAUUGUAUAAAAAUGCGGCUGCACACUUGAGGUGA